UGUAUAGAGACUGUACUUGGAGAUCGAUCAACAGGGCGGCCAUUACUGAAGUCAGUCACAAAAUCUAAUGAUGGACCCCCGUACCAGUGCCCAGGACGUGAUGCGAUGUGACCUGUGCGAGACUGCUGUGGUACAGAUGCACUGUGAUACAUGCCUUGUCAACCUGUGUACAGCGUGUGUAGGAAAACACAUGAUAUCUGAUGAAUCCAAGGACCACAAGGUCGUCAAAUUUCAGGCCAGGAAAUCUACCCCCCUCUACCCUGGAUGUAAACUCCAUAGAUAAAGAACAAUGUAAAAUGUACUGUAAUCAAUGUGACAUUCCUGUCUGCCAUAAGUGUAUCGGAUCUGAUCAACAUCUAGGUCAUAAGGUAUCAGAAAUCUUGAAAGUUGUGGAUGAAAGAAAGACUAAAUUCAUGAAAGAACAGACUGAAUUAAAUAAGACAAUUUAUCCCACCUACCAGGACAUUGCCUCUGAUGUACAAAACAGAAUGAGUCAGUUAGAAAAGGAAUAUGGAGAUCUCUCAACAGCCAUAACAAAACAUGGAGAGAACUGGCACAGAGAAAUUGACAAACUUGUCCAGAAACUUAAAGCUGAAGUUGAUGAGAUGAAAAACACACAGUUACAAACUCUACAGAAACAUCUGGAUGAAAUAAACAAGACAAUAUCUGACAUCAAGGAUGAAUUCGAUUCAUUGGAAACUACAAUAGACACCAAUGAUUUGUCAAAACUGUUUAGUGUCACGUCCAAUGUACACACAUACAGAAAUCUUCCACACAAAAUCAAUCCAUCUUUACUUAAAUUUAUUCCAGGAAAAAUCCAAGGAGAAGAACUUAGUAAGCUGUUUGGAGCCAUAUCAUCAAGUUCUUUGACAUCAGAUAAACAUGACUACAGCAUGAAGACAACACAGAAAUCACCAGAAGCUGGAUCCUCUCCUCCAGUCAAACAGCUGCUUGAUGAAACAGAGACUGUCACCACCAUAGACACUCGGUAUAAAUAUGACCUUUACAAUGUGGCCUGUCUGAGUGAUGAAGAAAUCUGGACAAGAGGAGAUGACAACAUCAUGAAACUCUACAGCAUCAAUCAGGGAUCACUACUCAAGUCAAUCAGAACCAAGUCAAGGGACAUACCAUUUAACAUAGCAGUGACAAAAAGUGGAGAUCUAGUUUAUACUGAUUACAUUGAUAGAACUGUGAACAUUGUGAAGAAUGAGAAGAUAGAGGUGAUCAGACUACAGAACUGGAGACCUAAUGGUGUCUGUAGUACCUCCUCUGGUGACCUCCUGGUUAUCAUGGAAAGUGAUGAUGGCAAACAAACAAAAGUUGUCCGUUACUCUGGCUCCACAGUGAAACAAACCAUUCAGUUUGAUGAUAAAGGUAAACCUCUCUAUCAACCUAGUUCUUAUAUUCUAAGAUACAUAACAGAGAACAAGAACCAGGAUAUCUGUGUGUCUGACAUUGGAGCUAAAGCAGUAGUGGUGGUCAAUCAGGCCGGGAAACUGAGAUUCAGGUACACUGGACAUACUCCUGCUCCAAAUAACCGACCAUUCGAUCCACUAGGAAUCACCACAGACAGUCAGGGUCACAUCCUUACAGCUGAUUAUAACAAUAACUGUGUCCACAUCAUAGACCAGGAUGGACAGUUCCUCCGUUACAUAGACUGUGUACUGAGUGGACCCUGGGGAAUGUGUAUAGAUACAAAUGACAAUCUGUUUGUUGCUCAAUAUGGAAAUAGACAAGUGAAGGAAAUUAAAUACAUGUACAUGUAUCUGCAGUGAUCUACAUUAUUGUGUUGUACAAUUAGAGGUAUGUAAUAUACAUGUAACUGAUUUAUCAGUAUGGUUUAACUAUGGAAUCUUGUAAUAAUACAUAUAUCAGUCAUAUUAUCAAAUAAUAUCUUUUACCAUUAAAAAAUAAUGGAUGUCCAUUGAAAAUAAGUUAAACUUUGAUGUGUUUUAUAAUGUAUGCUUCUGAAAACUUUUUGUUUUGCUCAAUAUAGGCUGCUGUAGUACAUUGUAUAAGAAAACACAAGGUUUUAGGAUAUUUCUCCAUACACAAAACACUAUCUAAGAAUUAUUUAAAAACUGCCAAAAUAAUUCAAACCCAAUUUGAAAGAAUCUUUUCUUCUAAAUUUUAGAGUUGCGAAAUGAAUUUGACAAGAUUUCCACUGCAUUAUUUGAGGAAAACUUUUUCAUAGUGGCUAAAUUUUUUUUCACACAAAAAUAUUUUUUUCCAGCAAUUAUAUUUAAGAUAUACCCAAAAUUUUUAGUUAAUGCCUAGUUUUUCCUAUCAUUUCAUGGACAAGGAGAUCAUCAAAUGUUAGACAGAUUUUUUCUUUAUUAUCUUGUAAUCUUGCCUUGUUUUUGUGAAUGAGAUGUCUACACUUGAAGAGACAGAUUUCCUGUUAGUACUCGGUG